CCACCCCUCUUUCUAGAAGAGCACCAGCUUCAACGGGAAGCGAGCUUCAGAGUUCGUUGUUCGUCCUGUGUCUCCUUGAAUCUCAGCGAUUGCAGAUUGUCUUUCCAAUUCAGUCGCACAGUGUGUCGCCUGAUGCGAGAGCGACGGUUACAUGGCGACGAUGCAAUGUUCAGCGGCGCUACUACUAGUAACCGUCUGGGCUGAGAACGAUUUUAUAGAAAGACGUGCGACCGUUUUGCGAGAUUGCAACGAUUAUGCAGCUAUUAUAGCCAUUUGUAGCUUCGGACUAGUCUAGUAUCUUCCCGAUAGUCCCGGCCUCGUCCGUCAUCAUGACCGGGAGGUACCUCCUAUGAAAUUAUUCUCCCUCUAACAACCACGUCGUCGCACUGUCGGCAAUAUCGAGAAUUCUCUGGUCCUCUGAGAAAUUAUGCUCCCCUAACACCCCAUGUAGUAUAGUCCAGCCAUAGCAUCGUCUAAUAUGGCUAGGGGUACCUCCAACCACGUGGUCGCGCUGUCGGCAAUAUCAAGGCGUCUCUGCUCUUCUCAUGGAUCAUUCUCCUCCUCACACCCCAUCCGGAGCGUUCUAACCGUCCCCUGCACUUUACUGUACUUUCCGGUAGCGGAAACGGGUUCAUUCUUAGCGGAGCAUCGCAUGCCGCGUCCGGCAUCGACAGCGCCAAGCCUAGGCGAACGCGGGUGCUGCGACCAGACUCCGCUCCGCGGCUCCCCUUGCGCGCACAGCCCGCAGGUUCUACCGCUCCCGGGGCUCCGCAAAUGCUCGCUCCGCUGCUCCGCUUCCGCCCACAGCCCGCGGAAUCAGUGGAACCGGGCAGCACCAGGAGGACGCGGUGGCGGAAAGACAGGCGCGAACAAGCGCAGUAUGAGGAGCAGAAAGAUAAGCGGGACGAGCGGGACGAGCGGGAGCAGCGGGAGCAGCGGGAGCGGACCGGAGCGGCGGCGGCGCUAGAAGUACAGCUACAAGGAUCGUCCAUGGAGGUUCUACCGUUGGACGACCUCAUUCGAGCGCCAAGAGGCGCGCAGCAGCUGCAGUGGCAGCAAGCGCAGCAAAGGCAGGCUGCUGACGUGGCAUCUUCGCCAGGAAUGUGUCCGGAUUUCCAGCCGUGGUCGUUCUUCGCGCCUAACCCCCCCUCGCCGCACAUCCACGCGUGCUCCUGGCGGCCCAUGUCAGACGGCAAUACGUCUACUGUUACCGUUGCAGUCAGCAAGCGCGGUAACAGCGCUGGAACUGACUCCAGCGGCGACAGCAAUGCGGUUCUGACCGGACUGUCUGAAUUCAUGCGGCGGUUUCUGGCGGACAGGGAGAGUGGAGCGCACGGCAGCAGCAGCCGCGCAGUGCAGCAGGACUGCCGGCACUGGAAGUGGCUGUGGCCGCGCCCCCUGGUGACACGUGGCGAGCUGUGUUUGGACGAGGACGAGGUGCGGGGAUUCGUCAUAGAGAGCAUGCAGAAGGAGCAGAUGCAGCAGGCGCAGGCGCUUUUGAAGGAUAAGAAACGAAGGCUGGGGAUUCAGGGGCUGCAGGGGCAGGAGGGGAGUAUGGAGGAGGUUUUAGAACCAGAUCCUGGGGAGGUCUUUAAGCGCACCCAGGAGGCGAUUAACUCCAUCUUGGCGGCGCGGCAGGAGCGGGUAGUGAGUAGUAGCAGCGGGGGGCAAGAGGAGGAGGAGGAGGAGGAAGGGAUGGGCGUGAUAGGGCAAGGCGGGGUGGUGAUGCUGAGAGACGUGUUUGUGGACGGCAGAGGCGCCGUGUUCAAUGCGACCCAUGUGUUGGCGCUGCAUGGGGCGUGCACGAGGGGAGGCGGCAGGAAGAGACAGCAAGCAGCAGUGCAGAGAGUGAAGAAGUCCAUCCAGUAUCCCCCAGGCACCCCUGUAAGCCUGCACGAGCACCUCGUGAACCUGCUGCCAUACGAGCAGGAGGAGGACGGGGAGGAGGAGAGUAUGAACCCGGAGGCAGCAGCCAGUGGCAGUGUGCAGGGGGGCGAGUGGGUGGCACAGGCACGCUUGCACAGCGCCAGGGAGCGGCUGCUGGUGCGCCUGCUGCCCGCGCUCUUCCUGCUCUCCUCGUCCCUCAUGCCCGCUGCACGGCACUUCCCCAUCCUGCUGCGACACCGCCACGGGGACAUGGGCACAAGAAGUGCCUUCCUUCACGACAGCAGCAGCAGCAGCAGCAGCAGUGGCUACGGCUCUUAUGAUACUCCAGCCAGUGAUCCUGACCCCACCACCAGCACCAUGCCGCCCCACCUCUUCUUCGCCCGAACUCUCUUCCUCCCCAUCCACUCCCCUAGCCUCUGCGGCCUCGCAGCAUCACCCUCCACCGCACUCCACUCCUCCCCACCGCUCGCCCCCGACGCCCGGGGGCUCUCCCCAGCCCCCGACGCCGUGUGGCUGGCCCUGCGAGGCCUCCACCUGCUGCCACCGCAAGGCCUUCCCAUCCUCUCCCCCGACUGGACCCCCCGAAUCCCGGCCUCCCUGCAAGACGGCUCGCCUGAACUUUCACCUGACGGCUCACCUGAAGUUUCACCUGGUGUUUCCCCUCACCUGGUGGUGGGGCAGUCGCUGCCGGAGGACUGGGUGGUGGUGGUGUCGGUGGUGUGGAGCGCCCAUGUGAUGGAGGGGGGGGGCGGGGGGGAGGGUGUGCGGGAGACGGAGGCAGCCCUGCAUGUGAUUAUAGCGAUGCUCAAGGAGCUGUUCUCAGACUCACGAGUGAUGGUGUAUGACGAGCACUUGCCUCUGCACCAAGCCAGGGCGUUGUUCUCAAGGGCCAUUCUUCUGGUGGGCCCCACAUCGCCCGCCCUCUCCCACCUCCUCUUCAUGCCCUUCAACGCCACCCUCAUCGAACUCAUCCCCUACCCCGUCACCCGCCCCCUCCCCUCCCUCCCCCUCUCCCUCUCCCUCCUCCAACCAAACCUCAAGAAAGCACCACCUGAUCCGUCCCCGGCCGCCGGCCAACCGAGCGCCGCCACUUGGCACAGCCAGCUGGCGGAGCGGCUCGGGAUUCGGCACUAUCUGAGCGUGUGCGACCUCUCAUGGCUGGACAAGAGCACGGGGGAGCAGUGCCAUGUGGACGAGGUGUAUGCUACAGUGCUCGCUACACUGCGCAGGAACCCGGCACUCCUUGCACUCACAGGCAUCCCCCCCAUCUCCUUCCCACCUGACACAUUCCUUCUAGAUACCAACACCACCACCAGCACCAGCCCCAGCAGCUGCUGCAGCAGCAGCAGCAGCGGUGCCAGCUUUAGUUUCCUGUAUGCUGAUAUCAGCAGUAGUUUCGUGGAUUUCCGGGAUUUUAUCCCGGGGUCGAGGCUGCAGAAGGGGGCGGGCCAGGUGGUGGAGUUUCGGCGGUGGGCGGCGUGCGUGGCAGAGAGGGGGGAGUGGCGCUUCAACGCCACCCCGCGGCUGCUGCCCUGGAUGGAGAGGGGCUUUGACAACUGCGACCUCUACCAUGUCAGGGAAAACGGAGGCUUGGCCGGAGCUCCUGCCGACGCUGUCGCUUUGGAUCGGGAACUGAGUCGGGAGGAGAGGGAGAAGGCCUGGAAGGUGAGAGACGUGCUCAAGUACCAGUGGGUCGUGCCCGCUGACAGGUGUCCGCGGGUGGUUGGUGCAAAGCCAGGGGCGCUGGCGCAAGCUGUUCCGGGGUCGGAGGUGCCAGGGCCAGAUGAGCUGUUUUCGCGGUUUGACGGGCGGGCACUGUGUGAGCUGGCUGGGAGGAGGAGAGACGGGCUGAGUGUCGCUUUCAUCGGGGACUCGCUGACCCGGGAGGCGCACAUCUCCUUUGUGCACAGCAUUGUAACGCACAUGCCGAAGCCGUCGAGUGUGAUAACCAGAGAGGACGGGGCUGUAUGGGUGGGGCAGCUGUCCCGAACGAAAAGCCAUUAUUACACCCGAGCCUCAUACCGAUUUGAUGAGGCGGGGUGCCCGAACCUGCAAGUGCAUUACGUUGCGAACCGGCGGCUGGUGAUGGUUGGGGAGGAGAAGCGGGAGCGGGUGAAAUGGAUUAGUACGCCUUGGAUGGAAAGCUCAGAGGUAAGGGGAGCGCAUGUGGUGGUGCUGAAUAGAGGGGCUCACUUCAAGCCUACGGACCAUGUGGUGCUUUCGGUGUCUCGCGCGCUGCAAUUUCUCCGGUACAAUUACCCCGAGAAGCUGCUUGUUUACCGGGCUACGGCCCCGGGUCACCUCAACUGCAAGGAUGCCGCUGGGCCCAUCUCAAAGCGGCAAAAUGCGAGUGAUUUACCCUACCAUUGGGGAGAAUUCAAGGCACAAAACGAGGCGGUAAGGCCGAUAGUGGAAGGCAUGGGGGGCGUGUUUAUGGAUGUGGAUCCCUUGAGUGCCUUGAGGCCCGAUGGGCAUCGAGGGUUUGUUGAAAAGAUGGAUUGCUUGCAUUAUUGCUUGCCGGGACCGGAAGACGCAUGGUCUGAGUUCCUGUAUAAUAUUAUACAAAGGCUUGUUCCUGUAUAAUAUUAUACAAAGGCUUGUUCCUGUAUAAUAUUAUACAGAGGCUUGUUCCUGUAAAGUAGGCUUUGUAUAAUGUGGUGCAUGCUUGUAUAAUAAGGUGUA